AUGGGAGACGAACAACCACCAGCAAGCACCCCGCUGAAAGCAAAAGUCAAACUCAACCCGCCUAAAGAUGGUCUUCCUCCUAGCCACCAUGUACUGGCUCCUUCUCCUGGCACCACCCUCUCCUCUUACCUUCCCCACUGGAACCCGAAGCCAACAUCAUCUUCAAAGCAGCCACAUGCUAGCGCUUCACAGAUGCAGGAGCAAAUACACGAUAAUGACGACGGAACACAAAACAUUACCUGCUUGCACAGCUCAAUAGCUCCCGUAGACUCCAGCAAAGUUGUCCGCAUCGGCUUUCGCAAUCCAUGGCCGAGCUGGCAUAAGCCCACCGUCGCAGAAGUCUGGCAAGGCCUAGAGUGGGGAGAGGACCAAGAUACAGCUAUAGACUAUGCCUUACAGGAUGCCGACCUUGCUCGCAGCUCGGAUGCUGCUCAGGACGGCGGGUCUGGCUCUGAUGCUCCGUAUCGCGACAGUCGACCGGCUACGCCUGACCAAGACCAAGAUAAAGCCGAUAGACAACUACCACCAAGCUCGUUAGUCCAAGAGAGAAUUCCAGCUAAUUCGUAUACAAGACAACAGAAGAUCAAGAUGGCCUCCAAGCAGCUUCUCACCAUCCAGGAACCGUCGUUCGAUUUCGAUGCUUCCGGCAACAAGCUCAAGGCGACCUGGCUAGGACACGCUGGUGUUCUUGUUCAGUUGCCACCGCUCAGUCAAGGCCAAGAACCCAUACGAGUACUCUUCGAUCCAAUCUUCUCUCAGCGUUGCUCGCCCACCCAGGUUGCCGGCCCUAUUCGGACGUACGCUGCACCUUGCCCCGUCUCCAGCUUGCCGCCUAUCGACCUUGUGAUCAUCUCACACAACCAUUAUGAUCAUCUGGACUCUGACACAAUCAGAGAGCUUUGGGCUGCCAACAAGGACCGAAUUCGUUUCGUUGCCCCGCUAGGCAACAAGGACUGGUUUGUUGGUGCGGAUACCGCUGGCGCCCAUGUGACGAUGGAGGACGAUGCUUCCACUGCUUCGGCGUCGACUUGGUCACUGGCGCCAUCCGUGACGAAUGCCACCACGACAUCGAACCUCGCGAUCCUACCGGAAAGAGUCACCGAGCUCGAUUGGUGGGAUGAGGUCCAUCUCACUCCGCCCGGCAGUGACAAGGCUCUGCGGGUUAUCUGCACACCGGCACAGCAUGGAUCGGGUCGAUACGGCGUAGAUGCAAACUGCGCCCUAUGGUCUUCUUGGUUUCUCGAACAUCCUUGUUCUUCUGACUCAGAGCCAACUCGGAUCUUCUUUGGUGGUGAUACAGGCUGUCAAUUCCACGGUCGCAACUUCCCUCCUUCCCCGCCGCGAUUCCCUGAAGCUGAAUCAGGAGACUUUACCUCACCAUCAUCUGAAACAACCUCCUUCACUGACGAUGCUACCCUCUCCAGCCAUCCCACCUACCGCGGAGGCAUGCGUCUCCAACCAGACCCUGAAGAGGAAAGCCCAUACCCAGCCUGUCCUGCUUUUGAAGAAGUCAUUGCUCGAUUCGGCAAACCGAACUUCCUCAUGCUACCCAUCUCAGUCGGUGCCACCAUCUCCUUCCUUCGCUCCUACGUCCCACUUCCGGACUCCAUCUCUCCCUUCCCGAGGAUAAGUGCAGGAUUGACAGCUGCAAACCAUAUGCCUCCUUGGGACGCCGUCGAUGUUUUUGACAAGAUGACACCCGCAGCACCAGCAGCUAACAAGAAUAGGCAGCCAGAAGAAGCAGUAUGUAUGGCAAUUCACUGGGGAACGUUCAUCUCAGGACCAGAGGAAGUUUUGAAAACGCUCGGACAGCUCAAGUGGGCUUGCAAGGAGUUUGGAAUUGGCUUUGCUCGGUCUGAUGAGGCGCUCGCCGAAACAGGGAAGCAGAAAGGAAAAGGUGGGAAGAAGACUUUUAUCGCGCUCAAUCAUGGUGCUAGUAUCACUCUAUAG